AUGGACAUUCUGGGCGUGACAUUUAUCGCCGUCAGCAAGGUGAUCGUGGCGGUGCUCGUCGGUGUGUUCACGACAGACUCGAUCCCGAACAGCAAGAUAACGCUGCACAACUUUGCCUUCCUGAUCUCCUCGCUCCUCCUCGCAUCCCUCACUCUGUCGAACACGGCCAAAUCGAUUGACCUCGAUGUGCUUUUUCGGUGCAGUAUUCUCAUUUUGUUUUCGUUGAUCUCGAUCGCGUCUGGCCUCUUGUGGGGCGCUGUUCUCGACGUGCUGUUCUUCCGGCUGGACCCCAAGUACUCGGGUAUUCCCGAGGAGCUGCGCAAGGACGUGAGACUCGAACUCCUCUAUGAUCGUGUGACAGACGAAGGCGCCGAAGCCCACUGCUUGCCGUCGUCGUCACCCACUACCAAGGGGCCUGGUACCAAGGCAAAAAGGAAAAAGACGAGCGUUCCGUACGUCGUUGUGGUGCUGAGCGAACACUUUCGGGAGGUCGGAGUCACUGGGAGCGAGAUUGUGAAUGCGUUGGAGGUGCCGGACGAGCGGCAGGAGGACUGUGCCGGGUACAGGUACGCCGCGUGGGUCGGCUGCUCUACGCAGAACGGUGUCACGCUGCCUCUGUCGCUCAUGUCAAAUGUCGCGAGCUCCAUCUCGUUCAUCGACAUGACGCACAGCGCUGCCUAUAUUUUUGUGUUCAGCAUCAGCUACAUGCUGUACCUCUGGUCUGCGUGCCCGGCAAUCGUAGAGGCGGGGCAGAAGGCGGCCAAGAAGCAGCGGUUGAUACGUGAAAUUCUGCUCAAGCACAAGCGGAUGAUGGCCCGAUGCGAUGCCACGACGCAGACUCUCUCUCUGCCUGUCAGCCAAGUGCUGGAGAGCGCUGAGGACCUCGAGGAGGACGUCGAGGUCGAUAGCUGUGACAGCGAGGCGGGGCAGGCCAGACGCCUGGAGUGUCAGGUGGAUCGUUUCACCCAGCUCUACCUCGCCGUCUCGGAUCCGUCCUCCAGCAGCACUAGCUGCAGCGACAACACAAGUUCGCUGGAGGCUGGUGGCGUCGCCAACACGGAUGGUUGCAGUAGUCGCGCAGACCGCCACGUGCACUCCGCCACGUACUCCUUUGACCUGAUCACGUCACUCCAGAGCUCCUUCACGCAGAUGAGACGCUUAGCCCGCAUCAGCGGCAAGCGUGGUGCAGCUGAGGUGACGUUCAAGAUACUUGGCACACCCGCUACCAGGAGCCCCACCGCGGCUGACGAGCGCGCGUUCGCGAUGUCGACAGCGGAGCAGUUGCCGUAUGACUGGGCCGCCGCUGGCUACAUCCGCUUCAAGUACGAGAGCGAACUAAAGGCCCUUAGGACGAAGUCCGCGUCAGAGAAGGUGCAGCAACUCGGGCGCGCCUCCUGGGUGCUCGUUAAGAAGCUCAUGACAAGCCCGCCCUUCCUCUCCGUAGUGCUGGGCAUCGUCAUUGGCAUCGUUCCGCCCGUGCGCAGGCUGUCUGAGCAUUGGCCGCUGCCGAUGGUGAUGGACGCGAUCAGGCUGAUCGGCGAGGGCUCAAUCCCGUCAUCGCUGCUGCUGCUCGGCGCAAACCUUGCCGUCUCCUCCUCGGCCAACGCGGCUGAGUCGGCGGAGGUGCGCCUCCGCCACGCUGAGCAAAACACGGAAUACCCGCUGCUCCCCGAGGAGUGGCAGCUGCUUGGCGAGGAUGUGGCGUACGCUAGGUGGUAUGAUGCACAGCACACCGACAUGGAGUUCGACUUGCACGAGUCCUUCUCGCUCCAAACGCUGAUGCAGCGUGGGCUGCUGCAUGCGUCGAUGAUGCCCGGUGGCGCCAGUGCUGCCUCCGCGGCGCCGAUGGGCGAUGACACCGACGAGGAAGGCGGCGGCGCCAAGAAGGGCACUUUCAUGGACGGCGUGCAGCGCACUCUGUCUCUCAAAGGCAUCCGGCCUGCGUUUGUGUGGGGCAUCAUCAUCUUCCGCAUGCUCAUCUCCCCGACGCUCAGCUUCUUCCUCCUCAUCUUUCUCAUCGACAAGAUGCCUUUUCUCUUCGGUGGUCGGGGUUCGCUGGACAAGACGCUCAUCAUGGUGCUCAUGGUGGAGCUGGCGGCGCCAACCGCGAUCAACAGCACGCUGCUGUUCAACGCAUACAAGUUCAUGACGUACCAGUGGGCAAAGAUGCUCUUCUUUCAGUACAUCCUCUGCGUCUUGUCCAUGGUAAUGUGGGCCUCCAUCGGGUUGAGCUACGUGUCGUCGUUGUAG